AUGGAGGAGCAGCGGGCGCUCACGGCCGCCAAGGACGGGGACCUGGCCACCCUGAAGCAGCUGCUGGAGGCCGGGGCCCUGGGCCCGGGCAUCGUCGACGCCCUGGGGGCUGGCCUGGUGCACCACGCCACCCGGGCCGGCCACCUGGCCUGUGUCAAGUUCCUGGUGCAGCAGGCCGAGCUGCCCGGCAACCAGCGGGCCCACAACGGGGCCACCCCGGUGCACGACGCCGCUGCCACGGGCAGCCUGGCCGAGCUGUGCUGGCUGGUGCGAGACGGGGGCUGUGGGCUGCAGGACCAAGAUGACUCGGGCGUCUCCCCGCUGCACCUGGCCGCCCGCUUCGGGCACCCUCUGCUGGUGCAGUGGCUGCUUCGGGAGGGCCACGCGGCCGCCCUGGAGACCCUGGAGGGGGCCCUGCCCCUGCACCACGCCGCCGUCAGCGGCGACCUGACCUGCCUGAAGCUCCUGGCGGCGGCCCACGGCAGCGGCGUGAACCGGCGGACGCGCAGUGGGGCCUCCCCGCUCUACCUGGCCUGCCAGGAGGGCCACCUGCACCUGGCCCAGUUUCUGGUGAAGGACUGCGGUGCCGACGUGCACCUGCGUGCCCUUGAUGGUAUGAGUGUGUUGCACGCGGCUGCUGCCCACGGCCACUACUCACUGGCCAUCUGGCUGGUCACCUUCACCGACAUUGGCCUGACGGCACGGGAUAACGAGGGGGCCACAGCCCUCCACUUUGCAGCUCGAGGCGGCCACACACCCAUUCUAGACCGGCUCCUGCUGAUGGGUGCCCCCAUCAUGACAGACUCCUGGGGUGGGACCCCCCUCCAUGAUGCAGCAGAGAACGGGCAAAUGGAGUGCUGCCAGACGCUGGUGUCCCACCACGUGGACCCCUCCCUACGAGAUGAAGAUGGUUACACGGCGGCAGACCUGGCAGAGUACCAUGGACACCAGGACUGUGCCCAGUUCCUGCGGGAGAGCGCCCGGCCGGUGCGGCUCCUGAUGACGCCACCGCCACCUCCGUUUCCGCCCCCUCCGCUGUCAGCCGCCAGGCACUCCCAGGAGGAUGGGACAAGGGGCUCGGGGCUCGGGAGUCCCACCCUGGUGACUCCCAGCCCAGCCUGGCCUGACCAGCCUCUUCUGAGGGAGCAGACGAUCUGUGCAGCACCUCCACGGGUCACCACCAGCACCAUGGCCGUGCCCACGGGAGAAAUGGUGGCGGGAGACGCCCCGAACUGCCUGGCGGUGCUGCAGCUGGACAGGCUGCCCUCGGGAGACCUCGACGGGCUGGUGCCCACGCGGGACGAGCGCGGCCGGCCCAUCCCCGAGUGGAAGCGGCAGGUGAUGGUGCGGAAGCUGCAGGCGCGCCUGGGCUCAGAGCCCGCGCCCCAGGCCCAGGGUGAGAGCGGGAGCGUGGGCCCCGCAGAGCAGGCAGCCUGGCGGUACUCACAGACCCACCAGGCCAUCCUGGGCCCCUUCGGGGAGCUGCUGACGGAGGACGACCUGCUGUACCUGGAGAAGCAGAUCGCCGACCUGCAGCUGAGGCGCCGCUGCCAGGAGUAUGAGAGUGAGCUGGGCCGGUUGGCGGCCGAGCUGCAGGCCCUGCUGCCCACCCCCCUGGUCAGCAUCACGGUCAACAGCCACUUCCUGCCCCGGGGACCCGCACCAGAGGGUGAGGAGGCCCCCGCCCCAGUGGCCGAGCCCAGUGGCCCCACGGGGGCCUCGGAGGCCGCUCCGGGUGAGCAGCCCCUGCCCUUCUGGUGCAGCCACAUCGCCCGGCUGGUGCGCAGCAUGUCCCUGCUGCUGAAGGGCAUGAACGGGCUGGUGCAGGGCGAAGAGAAGCCCACGGGCCGGCCCCCGCAGGAGGCCCGCAGAGAGGCCCCUGCCAGCCCCCCCAGGAGCGCAGCACAGCGCGAGAUCCAGGAGUGCGGGGUGUCCGUGCGGACGCUGCGCGGCAACUUCGAGUUAGCCCCUGGCCCGCCCUGCGCCCCAAGCCCAGGCCCCUGUGAGCCAGGGGCCCGGCCUGGGCAGUGCCGGAGAGGCGGCUGGCCCUCAGCCCCGCAGCCCUGCGGCGGCCCAGUGGGAGGGGGACCCGGGGCGGGCGACGCAGAGGAGGCCAGCGACUCGGGCAUCAGCUGCGAGGAGGGCCUCUCGGAGGCGGGAACCGUGCCCAGCGCCGACCUGGCCAACCUGCGCAAGGAGCGCAUCGUCAUGCUUUUCCUCAGCCACUGGAAGAAGUCGGCCUACACACCAGCUCUCAAGACGGCGGCCUGCAGGACCCUGGAGGCCCGCCGGGCCAGGCCACAGGCACAGGAGGCAGCGGGGGGCUCUCGGCUGCUCUCCCCGCCGCCCAGCGGGGGCCCCCCGCUGGGCCAGCUGUGGCAGCAGCGGAGCGCCAUCGCCCACCUUCUGGGCACCUGGAAGGCCAUCCUGGUGCACGUGCCGGCCCGGCAGCUGCGGCGGCUGAGCCGGCGGCCCCGCGGGCCCCUGUCGCCUGAGCAGUUCCUGCCCCACGUGGACGGGGCGCCCAUGCCCUACGGCAGCCUGACGCUGGACCUCUUCAUGCUGGGCUACUUCCAGCUCCUGGAGUGUGACCUGCCGGCCGAGGAACGCAAGAUGCGCCACCUGCUCUGCUUCGAGGUCUUCGAGCACCUGGGCGCCCACGGCUGGGAGACCGCGCGGGCGUUCCACAAGGCUGUGACCGACGAAGUGGCCGCCGGCCGCCGGACCUGGACCGACGGCUUCGAGGACAUCAAAGCCCGCUUCUUCGGCUCCAGCCGAAGUCCUGCCUGGGACCCGGAGCCCGGCCGCAAGUCAGGCCUGACGCCCCUCGGGCCCCUGCCUCAUGCCGCCGCCCCCAGCGGAAGCCCCGAGCCUGCAGCACAGAGGCUGGGGUCCGGCCACCAGCGCGGCAGCUUCAACAGUGAGGACAUCUGCGGCUACAUUGACCGGAGCUUCGCCUUCUGGAAGGAAAAAGAAGCUGAGAUGUUCAGCUUUGGAGAGUGA